AUGGGUUUUGGAUUGUUGAAUAAGAUUUUUAUUCAAUUUCCAUUGACAUUUUGGGAUGAAAAAUUGGAUAGUAUUUUUAUUGCUUCCAAUCGUUUUUGUCUUUUUCAUUGUCAACCACUUGAUCAUAUGCUUAUUUUAUUUGUUUGUGGUAAUUUAGCACGUGAAUUAGAACAACAAACUGAUGAAGAAAUUAUUGAACAAGUUCUUCAACGUCUUAAACGAAUUUAUCCACAAAUACCAAAACCAAUAAAAUGGUUAGUAACUCGAUGGGGAUGUGAUCCAUUUGCAUACGGAUCAUAUUCAAAUUUUAAGACUGGUGCAACAUAUGAAACUUUAAAAGAAUUAGCAAGAGAAUGUUAUGAUGAUCGAAUAUAUUGGGCAGGUGAACAUACGAAUUAUGAUGGAACUAUUGGAUGUGUUGAUAGUGCUUUUGAAAGUGGUCAUCGUGAAGCUAAACGUAUUUAUGAUAAAUUAAAUAAAAUUUCCAGCUAA